CCUAGUGCUGAAUGGCCACAAGUCUGAACCACAGCAGCAUUAAUGAGUAUAACUGCAAAGUGAGCUACAAGUUGACUGGUACGACUGGGCGAUCGCACUCGAUGGAGGUGAAAGGCCGGCUGAUUACUGCCAUGGGUCUUCCAGCUCCAGAGCCUCAGAGCUGUCGGGAUAGCAAGCAGCAGGCGGCUCGUCUCCUGGAGCUGCAGGAGAGAAAGCGGAGCCUUCAGUCUUUGCUGGAGAGUCGGCUGGCGGAGCUCAGACGGGUUUGCCUGCUGGAAGCGGAAAUGACUGGAGAGCUUCCCAGUGAGUUCCCCUUGGAGGCCGGAGAAAGACCCCCCCUUGUGCGGACAAUAAUGGGAAAAGCUCACUCUGUUGCCAUGCAGAAUUCUAAGGAAGAGGAGGAGGUCAGUCAGAGGAUGCCGAAGAAAGGACUUUUCAGUGGCGCCCUCCUCAGGCAAAAAGAGCCGGAGCAACACCACUCACACAGCAAGAGGAUGGUCCACCGUGGCUGUCACACAGAUGAAGUGGUGAAGACAGAGAGCACCCCUGUUUUGAACACCAUGGGCCAGGACAACGGGGAAUCCUCCCCAAGCAGCACCCAGAACCACCUCUCCCCCUCUCGCCCCCGCCCAGCCCAGGGGAGCCCCGACAAGCGGCUCGGUAGGAAGCCGUCCCCCGUGGAGAUCUACUAUGAAAUGAGAAACCGGCGCAGUUCGGUGGCCAGCUCAGCCAGUCCGAGUCACUCCCUUCCGCGAAGUACGUCCAACAUGGAGGGCCGGAGCGUCCCAGCCACGCCGCUGCUGUCACGGACCGCGAUAACCGGCAUCCACUGGAGGUCUGAAGUGCUCGGUGGACCUACAGCAGAGCAGAGUUCAGACAGCUUUGAUUUCCCACAGCUGGUGCCACUGCAGGACGGGUCCUCGCCAGGUUCCUUUGACCGUGGUGGAUGCCCUGGUUCCGGCACACAGGCACGCCGCAGCAACAGCUCAGAGGCCCUGCUGGACCGGUCAGCCUUUCCUGAGGAUGGUGGACGUCGCACCGGAAUGCCCCCCAGAGGCGGGCCGUACAAGAGUUCCGAGACACUGACGGAUGGACGGCUGCGCUACGUGCUCCGAGGAAGCCCUGAAAGACACCCUGGCGAGCCUCCUGGGGAGCAGGGCAGGAUGCGCUCAUCGGUAGGAGGCCGUGCAGGCGGAGGGGGUUACAAUGCGGUCCUCAUGGACUACAUCUGGGGCAAACAGCAGAAGAUACAAGUGCAUCAAUAUCCGCUGUGGCAGCACCCGUCCACGACUGGUGGGAACAGCAAAAUCCAGACCGAGGGGCAUCCCUCUCCAAUCUCAUCUGCCACCAUAUUGACCCAGUUUCCUGAUCCACCCCCCUCUCAGAGUCCCACUGGACCCCCUGCUCACAGUCCACUGAUGCUCCGGAGCAAGCUGGGUGAGUUUCGCAGGGUCACAGUGACCCGGACCAAAUCCUGUGGACCAUUCUUCCCUCCGCAGCCACUGGGGGCUAUUUUGCUCCCUGGGCAUCCUGAGCCCCCCCAUGGCACAGCCGUCUCAGCCAGCUCCUCAGCGGCCACCCUGUACCCCUACCAGCCCGAGCAGACUGCUGCCCCGCUGGCUUGCCGACCCUCUCACUUUCCGAACCCGGGCCCGGAGGACUCAGCACGCAACCUGCACAAGGCCCUGGCUUUGGAAGGCCUCAGGGACUGGUACCUGAGGAAUGCUCUGGGCUACGCAGCACCAUCCUCUAAGGAGCCAGAGGCUGGUCUUCACCGUCGCCCUCAUCACCCCCUGCACAGCUCACACCCCCACCCCCUGACACACCAGCCCCAGUCCGUCCAGGGCGACCAUCCUUACCUUCACUUCCACACCCCACAGAUGACACUGUCAGCGAGCUUCCACGGUCACCCGCUGCACAGCAGUAGGUCUAUGGAGCUCUCUCUCUACCACGACCUGGCUGUGAAAGACUCGAGCGCUGACUCGCCUGCUCCAGGGACCUUGGUCUGAUAAAUGUAAACACACACACACACUCAGAAACCCAUACGCUUACACACAAACAAAUACACGGACACUGGGCCAGCAAGACAUUGAUAGGUUCUUGAACUGCAACGUAGAUUAAUGGAGAUUUGUAUGAUAGCAUAGUAGUUUCCUAAAAGUGAAUUAAAAAUAGACUAAAAUCAUGCUAAAUCAGUUAUUUUGGACUGGUGCUUCAAAGGUAUUGGUAUACAUCAAACAGUUAUCUUCUCACGUGCUUUUAUUAAAAACUGAUGUCCUGUGAUGACAAAACAACUAAAGCUGAAAUUUCUCAGACUUUUACCACGCAACACUGUAGAUGAGGAACUUCUGAAAGGAGUCUGUCAUUGGCCAGAACAACUGGUCAACUUGACCAUCGCAGCAUACUCUGUAGUUACAAAAUUUACCAGAUCAGUGUAAAAAACAAGUCUGUUUGCUCAGUGUGUCACAGCAUAUACGGUAACCUUUGCACCAGUUCUGUGUAAAUAUGUAUCCCAUGUAAUUAUAAGAAAAUGGUGUAGAGUUUAAUAAAGUCGGGCUUCUCAGGGUUUGAUCCAUGUUGAAUUUACUGGCUUUGUUCAUGUCCUGAGCCACAAUUGACAAAUUUAUAUUGGAGGCACCUAAUCCUCCUUAAAGUAAAGAAGAGCAAUACUGAUCUCAAUUUCUCUCCCCUCACUGAGUUAGGAAUUGUUUACAUAUGAUUUAUUCUGGUGGUUGUUGUAGAAAUGCAAUUCUUUCUGCAGUGUGAUGAAAUUCAACAAAACUAAUGGUACAAAAUGCCUGCAACUGAGAAUAGAUGUACAAAUAUAUACAGAUGGUCCCUGCUAUAUGGUGCCCACCUGUACUUUGUACCGCAGGUAUGUCACUCCUCAGUUGUGGCCAUUUCUCACUUUAAAACCUUUAACUCCACAGAUGUCCCUAGACCCACAAGAGCACACAC